AGACAGAGGAGGAGGGACAGACUGAGUCGUGCGCCAGCCAGUCCUCACAGAAAAAGAUUUUUUUUUCCAACUGCAACAGAAAAUGAACCCAAAUAUCUCCGUUUGCUGUUUAUCUCUGCUGUUACUGCUGCACUUGGCAUCAGCCAGUCCUGUUUCUGAUCUACAAAGUCUGAAGCAGCUUUUAGAGGAGGAGAUCAACACCGCGCCCUAUUACUCCUCGGAGGAGAUGGAGGUGGCGGGGAAAGAGGCAAACAAGUCGGUAUUUGGAACUCCAGAGGAGCACCCGUGGGACUCAUCCGACCCCAGCAACUCGGCUCUGGUGGCCAAAGAAAACAUCCUAUUGCGUCUCUUCAAAGAGCUCAUGAGGACCUCCAAGCGUUCGUGGAGCCGGCACAAGAAGGGCGGGCUGAGGAGCUGCUUCGGUGUCCGGCUAGAGAGGAUCGGCUCCUUCAGCGGGCUGGGAUGCUGAAGCAGGCAUGGAUGAGGUCGGGGUUCUCCCAUCUGCACAUCAGUGUGACCAUCAGCAAAGCGGAGCUCCUCUCAUAGUCACAGAUCUUUGACUGACACUUUAAAGGGCGGUUACUUCAUUCUCUCCUGUUCAUGGUUCUCAUUUAGAACUGUGAUUUCCUUUUUCAUAUGUGAGCUAUUAAAUAAUAAAUUAUUGUAAAUGUAUUUAUUAUUUAUUAUUUUCUUGUUGGAUAGAGUUGCCUUGUAAUAGAUUGUAUUGUAGUAAAAUAAUUAUUUUGCAUAAUA